AUGAAAACUGCACGCCACGUGGAACACCAAAAAAGCGACUUUGUGCUGCUUAUCGUGCUGGUCGGCUGCGCUUUUGACCUGGUCAACGUGACAGCUACCAUUUCGAGCAUGUCCGAAAUACAACGCCAUUUCGACACCACGUACUCCAACGCGUCGUGGAUUUUGUCUGCGUACGCUGUGGCGUUCUCGGGGUUCAUCGCAGUUUCGGGCCGCAUUGGAGACAUCAUUGGCCACGCUAACUUAUACAUCUGGAGCUCUGUUUUGUUUGCGCUCUUUUCGCUACUUUGCGGUGCUGUGGACAGCCUGACGGCACUGAUAGUGUUUAGAACGCUGCAAGGAGUUGCUGCCGCUGCUAUCGUGCCGUCCGGCUACGCGAUUGUCGCGCGCUCGUUUCCGCCCGAAAAACUGGGCUCCCGCUUCUCUGUUCUGGCCGCUGGGUUCAGUCUCUCGUUUGGCGUGGGCUAUAUAGUGGGCGGAGCGUUUGAUCUGACGUCUGUGGGGUAUAAAGGCAUCUACUAUCUGACCGGCGGCGUGAUGUUUGUGGACGCUGUGCUGGGUUUCUUCUUCAUCAAGAAUAUACCGCCUACGGGCGAGAAAGUGGCCAAUCUGGACGCCGUGGGCUCGUUACUGCUGAUCAGCGCUACCACGCUCGUUGUGGUCGGCUUCACGGAGGCCGGUGAGGUGUGGAACUCGCCGAAAACGUAUCUCCCGUUGCUGGUGGGAGGAAUUCUGUACGUGGUGUUCUUUUUCUGGAACACGAGCAUUUUGGUGCGCGUCCAAGAAAGCGGCCGGCAUUUCAAGCAGACAAUACCGCUCAUGCCCAAGUCGCUGCUGACGACACUGGUGCCGGUGUGUGUUCUGGUGGCCGUUUUCACGAAUUACUGCACGCUGUUUGCAAUCAUCUCGCUGUGCGCGGAGUAUUUCCAGUACGUGGAGCAAAACUCGCCGAUAUUAUCCGCAGUCAAGCUGGCCCCAAACCUGAUCGGCAUGGUGGCCGUGACGACGCUGCUGUCCGUGAAAAACGAUAUUCUGCCGCCAUACGCCUCGUUCAUGCUGGGCUACUCGGGGAUCGUGGCCUCGACAGCAUUCUGUGCCACAUGGGACAGUAGCCACAGCCACUUCUACUGGCGGUGGAUUGUGCCCAUGCAGGCGCUCUCGUCCGCGGGCAGCAGCUUUUUCUUCCCGCAUUCCCUGAGCGUGCUGAUCGGCGCAGCGGACCCCGACGUGCGCGGGCUUGUGUCGGGCGUGCUGCAGACAUUUGGCCAGGUUGGCGUGAGUCUGUGUUUUGCGGUGGUCACGUCGGUGCUGGGCAACGGCGCCAAGACGGACGAAAAAUUCCGCAUCUGCGGCUACGUGCUGAUCGUGGUGGCCUCUGUGGGCUGGCUGUGCUGUCUUGCGGUGUAUAUACGAGGCCACAGAACGAGAGAAAAAACCCCCGACGCAUAG